AUGCACUCGACUUAUUCGAUACACGCCUGUCCCACACAGCCCGUUGCAGCCGGCAGUGGUAUCCCUGAAGUCAAGUGCUAUCUGAACGGCAUCAAGAUUGCGCAUGUGGUGCGGCUCAAAACACUCGCGUGCAAGGUGUUUGGUGUGUUGUUCUCGACAUCCGGAGGACUGAUGGUGGGGAAGGAAGGGCCUAUGAUCCACUCCGGGGCGGUGCUGGGUGCUGGUAUAUCACAG